AUGUCCAAGUCAAUGGGACUAAACGUGGCCGGCGGCCUCUCGUCUUUACUUAAAGACGGCCACAAACACUUUGAGGGCGUCGAUGAGGCCGUGGCUAAGAACAUUGACGCUGUCAAGCAGCUCGCGGCGAUCACGCGGUCGUCCCUCGGUCCGAACGGUAUGAACAAGCUCGUGAUUAACCACUUGGAGCGCAUUUUCGUGACAAGCGACACAGCGACGAUCGUCAAAGAGCUCGAUGUCAUCCACCCCGCUGCCCGUAUGGUCGUAAUGGCUGCCAAAAUGCAGGAGAACGACUUUGGCGACGGCACUUGUCUCGUGGUGGCUCUGGCUGGCGAACUGCUGAUGGAAGCCGCGAGUCUGUUGCGCAUGGGACUGCACGCGAGCGAGAUCGUAACUGGGUACCAGAAAGCGCACGACAAGUGUCAAGAGAUUUUGCAGCAGCUGCAGACAGUGGAGGUGGAGAACCCGCGCGACCGCGAGGCGCUAGAAAAGGCCAUUAAGACGUCUUUGGCCUCGAAACAGUAUGGAUACGAAGACUUGCUGGCGCGUCUUGUGGCUGAAGCUUGUCUGAACGUGAUGCCUGCAGCGCCGAAGAAACCGUCGAUUAAUGUGGACAAUAUCCGCGUGGCGAAGAUCAUGGGAGGCAACUUGCACGACUCGACGGUCAUCCGUGGACUAGUCAUCCAGCGCGACACGGAGGGCUUUGUGAAGAAGGCGCUGAACGCUAAAGUUGCUGUGUAUGGCUGCGGUAUUGAGAUCUCGUCAACAGAGGCCAAGAGCACGGUGCUUAUUAAGGACGCGGAUGAACUCAUGAACUACAAUAAAGGCGAAGAAAAACACCUGGAGGAAGCUGUCCGCGGUAUCAGUGAGUCAGGUGCGACGGUUGUUGUCUCGGGUGGAAGCAUCAGCGAGAUGGCUCUGCAUUUUCUGGAAAAGUACAAUUUGAUGGCGGUCAAGAUUCAGUCUAAAUGGGAAUUGCGUCGUCUUUGCCGUGCUGUGAACGCAAAUGCUCUAGUGCGUCUAGGCGCGCCAACACCCGAUGAGAUGGGAUGUUGUGACAGUGUGAUGGUCAAGGAGAUUGGCGGCAAAAAAGUCACUGUCUUUCAGCAGGACCAGGAAGAUGCAAAGAUUUCAACCAUUGUGCUGCGUGCUAGCACGGACAAUGUGCUGAACGACAUUGAACGUGCCAUUGAUGAUGGUGUAAAUUGCGUAAAGUCUGUGUGUAAGGACGGCCGAUUUGUCGCUGGUGCCGGCUCUGCUGAGAUUGAGCUGUCUCGCCAGAUAAAGAGCUUUGGUGAGGCUACGCCGGGUCUUGAUCAGUAUGCCAUCAAGAAGUUUGGUGACGCGAUCGAGGUGGUGCCACGAAUUCUUGCCGAGAACUCGGGCCAAAUGGCGACUGAGGUUAUCUCGAGCCUGUACGCUGCUCACGCAGCAGGCAAUGUUAGUGCUGGUGUGGAUGUGGACAACGAGCAAAAAUCGCAUGUUAUCUCGGACGCCCUUGACAAGGGUAUCUGGGACCACCUUCAGACGAAGGUGUCUGCUAUUCGCCUCGGUGCCGAUGCUGCCAUCACGGUGUUGCGUGUGGACCAAAUCAUCAUGGCAAAGGCGGCAGGUGGGCCGAAGCCGCGAGGCAUGUAG